AAGAAUGGAAGCUUUUACGAGCUGUGUGGAAGCUCCUCGAAGGUUCAGGCACCAUCGCCUCUUCCGUAUAUAAUCGCCAUCUCUGCUCCUCCGUUUUCUCAUCGGAAAAUAAAAUAUCUGCUCGGAGUAUCAACACCACCCAAUCAAUCUAACAAUUAAUUCUCAUUUUGUUUUUGAUCAAAUGUCUCUGAUUCCAAGCUUCCUCGGAGGUCGCUCCCGGAGCCGCGUUUCCGACCCGUUCUCUCUCGAUUUAUGGGACCCCUUCCAGGGAUUCACGUUCUCAAACGCCGUCGGCGCGCCGAGCGAGACGUCGGCGUUUGCGAACGCGCGGAUCGACUGGAAGGAGACGCCGGGGAGCCACGUGUUCAAGGCGGAUCUGCCGGGGCUGAAGAAGGAGGAGGUGAAGGUGGAGGUGGAGGAGGGGAGGAUUCUGCAGAUCAGCGGCGAGAGGAGGAGCGAGAAGGAGGAGAAGAGCGACAAGUGGCACCGCGUGGAGCGGAGCAGCGGCAAGUUCCUGCGGCGGUUCCGGCUGCCGGAGAACGCGAAAUUGGAGCAGGUGAAGGCGUCGAUGGAGAACGGAGUGCUCACCGUGACGGUUUCCAAGGAGGAGGUGAAGAAGCCGGAGAUCAAAUCCAUUGAGAUCUCCGGUUAGAACGUUAAUUCAUAGCUGAUUGAGAAAUGGAUGAUAUGGAUGCUUUGUGAUGAAUUUGAGUUUCAGAGUUUGAAAAUUUGUGUUUGAAAUGCUUACAAGUUUGUAAUAAUUUUGUUUAUUUGUGAAAGUGUGUGAAGAAAUCUCUGUUCAAUAA